AUGGGCGGAGUGGAGGUUAAGGAAAGCCACCCGCAGCCACCCGCUUGCGUCCUGGCACCGCGGCACUCCUGCGCCACGGAGCUCCACUCUGCAGCUCCCUUGCAGUCCUUUGUCCGCGGGCCCGUCUAUCCUUCCCCGUUGCGCUGCUGCAGACUCCGAGCCCGGCUGCCCUUCUGCGCGCUUCUCUCUGUGUCCAGGGAGCCCCUUCGCGCUGGACCCCAGCGCCAGGCCAGCCUGGAGCGACUCUGCGGGGCGCCGACCUUCACCUCGAGGCGCCUCCGCGCGGAGCCGUCCCGAGACGGAGAGGCUGGCCACGCCACAGCUGUUCUCAGCCCGCCCGCGUUGGCAAGAAGAGGAGUUGGGGGCGGGGAGCGGAGUGAGAUGAUGGGUUGGGCUUGGAAAUCGUCAGUCUCGGGUCUGGACAGGGCAAAGAGCUCGCCACCAGGAGACUCCUUCGAGGGCCCCGCCGCUGCCGCCCUGGCGCUCCCCGCGGGCCCCGGCGAGGCCGCCUGCGCCCUGUGCCAGAGUGCGCCCCGCGACCCGGUGCGCGCCGACUGCGGCCAUCGCUUUUGCCGGGCGUGCGUGGUGCGAUUCUGGGCGGAGGAAGACGGGCCCUUCCCGUGCCCAGAGUGCGCCGACGACUGCUGGCAGCGCGCCGUGGAGCCCGGCCGCCCGCCGCUCAGCCGCCGCCUGCUGGCGCUCGAGGAGGCAGCUGCGGCGCCCACGCGCGACGGCCCGGCCUCGGAGGCGGCGCUGCAGCUGCUCUGCCGCGCCGACGGGGGCCCGCUGUGCGCAGCUUGCCGCAUGGCCGCGGGGCCCGAGCCACCCGAGUGGGAGCCCCGCUGGAGGAAGGCGCUGCGCGGCAAGGAGAACAAGGGGUCUGUGGAGAUCAUGAAGAAAGAUCUGAAUGAUGCUCGGGAUCUGCAUGGCCAGGCUGAGUCCGCUGCUGCUGUGUGGAAGGCAAGUGGGGGACACGUGAUGGACCGGAGGAAGAAGGCGCUGACUGACUAUAAGAAGCUUCGGGCCUUCUUUGCCGAGGAGGAGGGGCGAUUCCUACGGGAAGCAGAGAAAGAAGAAGGGUCCCCGGAGGACGAGGACGAGGACCCAGCGGAGAGGUUCAGGUCUCUGCUGCAGGCUGUGUCGGAGCUGGAGAGGAGGCACCGCAGCCUGGGUCUCAGUAUGCUGCUCCAGUGA